CAGUCAGAUCUCCAGUCAUUCGUCUAAUGGCGGAGGUUGUGUUGUUUUUUACACGCUAACAAUCCCGGUAGUGCUUUAACAGCUGAAACAAUACCGUGAAAAUGUACAUUGCAUAUUGAAGGACAUUUUGUUUGACAACAAACAAACUAGACUGUCGACGCGGACUGCACCGUGUGAACCGGGGAUGGAGUGUAGGAACAUUGCGUUGUCUGAGAUUUUAUUGAAUUAGUGCGAGUCGGCGUGUCGGAGGUUAGCGCAGAAUACUAACGAAGGUGGCGGUGUGAGGUCGUGUCCAGCAUGGGGGCACAGCAGGCGAAGGAGCGCGGCACCGCGAGCGGAGCGUCCAUGCGCUCGGCUCGCUCGAAGCCCCGUGUACCAAAGGACCCCCGCGUUCUUGGUUCCAACAUAUUCACCGAGCACAGCGAGGCGCUGCUGCAGAGCCGUCCGUUGCCGCACAUCCCCGACCUCCCGGAUGGCGAAGGCACCUCCGCCGCGCCCGGCACGCCCCAACCGCUCGAUAGUGCCACCAGGUGGACAUCGAAGGAGAACCUUCUCGCUCAUCAUGAGGAGGACGACCCCCAGCUGUUUGUCGCGUUGUACGACUUCCAAGCAGGGGGAGAGAACCAGCUCAGCCUCAAGAAAGGCGAGCAAGUGCGGAUCAUGAGCUAUAACAAGAGCGGCGAGUGGUGCGAGGCGCACACGCUGGGCGGCGGCGUGGGUUGGGUGCCCAGCAACUACGUGACACCCGUCAACUCACUGGAGAAGCACUCGUGGUACCACGGGCCCAUCUCGCGCAACGCCGCUGAGUACCUGCUCUCCUCAGGCAUCAACGGCAGCUUCCUAGUCCGCGAAUCUGAAUCUAGUCCUGGCCAAAGAAGCAUCUCUCUGCGAUACGAAGGCAGGGUCUACCACUACCGCAUCAACGAAGACUCCGACGGAAAGGUUUACGUAACGUCCGAGUCUAAGUUUGGCACUCUGGCCGAAUUAGUGCACCACCAUUCUGUGUUGGGGGACGGGCUGAUCACCCAACUCCUGUACCCGGCGCCGAAGCGGAACAAGCCCACCGUGUUCCCUCUGGCACCGCCGGACGAAUGGGAAAUAGAUCGCACGGACAUCGUCAUGAAGCACAAGCUCGGUGGCGGACAGUACGGCGACGUGUACGAGGCCACGUGGAAACGUUGCAAUAUCACUGUGGCGGUGAAAACGCUAAAAGACGACACCAUGGCGCUGAAAGACUUCCUUGAAGAGGCGGCCAUUAUGAAGGAGAUGCGGCACCGCAACCUCGUUCAACUGCUAGGCGUGUGCACCCGCGAGCCGCCCUUCUACAUAAUAACGGAGUUUAUGUCGCGCGGCAACCUGCUGGACUACCUCAGGGCGGCGGCGGCAGCCAACGCCCGCGAACCGGCGCCCGAUGCGGUGGUGCUCAUGUAUAUGGCCACGCAGAUCGCUUCCGGCAUGAGCUACUUGGAGAGCCGCUCGUUUAUACACAGGGACCUAGCGGCGCGCAACUGCCUCGUAGGCGAGAACCACCUGGUGAAGGUGGCCGACUUCGGCCUCGCGCGGCUGAUGCGCGACGACACUUACACCGCGCACGCGGGUGCCAAGUUCCCCAUCAAGUGGACCGCGCCCGAGGGGCUCGCGUACAACACCUUCAGCACCAAGUCGGACGUGUGGGCUUUCGGCAUCCUGCUGUGGGAGAUCGCUACGUACGGCAUGUCGCCGUACCCCGGCGUCGACUUGGCCGAUGUCUACCACAUGCUCGAAAAGGGAUACCGCAUGGAGUGCCCGCCCGGCUGCCCAGCGGCCGUGUACGAGCUGAUGCGCGGCUGCUGGCAGUGGGCGCCCGCCGACCGACCCACCUUCCGGGACAUACACCACGCGCUCGAGCACAUGUUCCAGGACAACUCCAUCAACGACGAGGUGGAGAAGCAGCUACAAGAGGGCUCGUCGACGCCGCAGAUGUCCCUGAAGAAGGCAGGCGGCGAACGCGCAGUGCAGAUGCGCCGCCCCACUAACAGACGCGGCAAGCAGGCACCCACGCCACCCAAACGAACCAGCCUGCUGUCAUCGUGCAGCUCAUUCCGCGAGUCUCAAUACGCGGCCGACGAGCAAUCCGCUCAGGACGAGUCGUUGGUCUCGCUCAACGGUGGCGGUCGCGGGGGCGGGGGCGGGGCGCGCGAGGCCUCCUCGGAGGGGUCGCUGGCGGAGGCGACGCCGGACACGGACGAGUCGGGGCCCGGGGGAUCGGGGCCCGGCACCCAGGCGCAAGAACACCGACACAGGGCCAAGAGGCGGCAUCAUCCGCCCGCCCACCAUCACGAACUGCAACCCAAGGGCGUCCAAGUAGCAGCUCUAGAGGUGCAGAACGUGAAGCGCGCCAUCAACCGCUAUGGCACCCUACCCAAGGGCGCGCGCAUCGGAGCCUACCUCGAGUCCCUGCGGCAGACCGGCGCCCCCGCCCCCGCUCCUGUGCCUACGCCCUUAGACGAGGCUCGCUCCCUCUCCCCCCGCACCGCCCGAGCCCAAACACACAUGAUCCGCUCCAACUCGUCGGGUGGCGUCACCGCCCCCGCCCCUGCCUCUCCCCGCACCGCCCGAGCCGCCCCCCCACUCCGCUCCUUCACCAACAGCCCCGCCAAACCCCGUCCACGCCUUGCUGAACUAGAAUUCCCACCCCCACCCCCCGAUCUACCCCCGCCCCCCGAAGAAACGCAACCACCCCCGCCCCCGCCCCCAGACUGCUGCCGCGACGCCGGCACAGACACCGCGGAACACGAGCCCGACGAGAAAUCAGCCAAACAGUCGAUGAAGGAAAUGCUCGAACUCAAACUGGUUGCCGAGAUCAAAGAGCGGGCAGAUAAGAAGAAGCAGAGACAGCGAGACUCCCCGCCUCAUGAUAUCAUCGAAGUGCACCCGUCGUUCGGCGAUCCUGUCACCAGACUCGUCUCCGAACUCUCGGAGAGCCUUAACCUGGAGCCGCGCAAAGACAAGAAGGCGGAAACGCCCGCGCGACCCGUCGACAACGGAAAAGAGACCGUCUCGCCCAUAGACUUAAAGGCGAGUUUGCGCAAAACGCCCUACAACAACAACGUCGACCAGACGAAGAAGGACGACAGGCCCGGUACUGACUUCAAAUCGCAGCUAAAGAAGGUGGAGACGAACAAGAAGGCGAACAGCUCGACGAAGGAGACUGAAGAGUCGGGAAGGUCGAUAAUCGACUUUAAGUCGAGGUUGCGGAAGGUGGACAGUGGAACCGCCGCCACUAAUGGUACAGUUAAAAAAGAGCAGAGUUCUCCGGAGGAAUGUAAGGAGACAGAUCGGAAGCGGUCGGAGAGCGGAUCCCUGGACACGAGCGGAGGCGACGAGGAGGAUAAGCGGCGGAGCACCGGCAGCAUCAGCAGCUUGAAGAAGCUGUGGGAGAACAAGGAGACAGAGGAACGACUCAGCCCAAAGCUGCGGACCAAGGAUGACGAAGAGACGUCGCCCGAAGAGCGGAGUAGGCGGCGAGACGAACGGCCAGUCGUUCCGCACAAACCUGCGGUGCGGAAAGCUAAGGGCGGAAUAUACGCGACUCCGCUAGCACCCCGCGAGGACGAAGACGAUGUACUCGCGUCUCUUAGAUCGUCGCUCGACUGGUGUACCAAUGAGGUUCGCCGCGGUUGCGGGGGCAGCGGAGGGCGCGGUUCCCUGUGGCGGCUGCAGACGUCCGAGCGUCUCGCGCGCCUCGGGUCGUUGUGCGCGGCAGCCGCGGGCGGGACGUGCGCGCCGCAACUGCGCGUGCAGCUGCGAGCGGCAGCCGCGCGACUGGAGGCGGAGGCUCGCGCUCUCGCCUCACCCGCCCCUCCCACGCACCACCUGGCCGACGGCGUGGAGCAGGCGCUGCGCGAGCUGCACACCAUCGUGCACAGGUAAAGCCUCGCGUCGCCGUCGGAGGCCCACCCGCGCCUACACGCGCACCCCUUUACGAUCGCCCCCCGCGCUCCGGACACCUAUUAACCAGUGCCAUCGACAAAACUCACGCUCGAGACGACCAUCGACUAAAUUGUCUAACUUUUUCGCCUUUCAUUUCCUUAAUUAUUGAUGUGUAACAUCUUUCCUCUCGCUUUCGUGCAAUUUGUGGGAGUGAUUACGUGAAGUGGGACGGAAGUGGAUGACAGGAAGUUUGGGAAGCGCGCGCUAUUUGAUUUCAUUUUAGAACAUAAUUUUCAAAUGACUUAUUCCUUUUGUAGGUUUUAUUUCUUUUUUUACAAAUAUAAGGUGAGGUUUCAAAUGUUACACAUCAUACGCGGCUACUGUAAGGCUCGCUUUUUUUUUUAAUCUGUGAGAUGUAUGAACAGACAGGACAUAUUGGUUUACGUGUCAUGCCUCACAAACGAGAUGUUGCGAUUACAGUUUAGAGUAGAAUUAUAAAUUAUAACACUUUUCUUUGGCUUUGUCAACAAUCACGAUAAUAGUCAAAGUUAGACAAGUUAGUACACCCCGUACUCGAUACCAAACGACCACUAACAAAUUGAUACACGCCAAAUCUCGCUCGAAAUAGAGCUGCAUUUAAUAUUACCAUUCCCUUCUCAAAAAAGCGCUUGCGCAGAACUUUUCCUGUAGUGUUGCUGUUUAGAAUAAUAACAGUGUUGCUGUAUUACGGCAUGUGAAUUUAUAAAUUAUUUGUUUAGUAAGUCUGAAAGUAUGGAUUAUGCGUGCUCGUAAUGCGCGUUUCGAAUGAUUAUAUUAUAUUUAUACCGAUUGUGGUAUUUAUGUUUCUAAUACGUUUAUGUAUGACUAUGAAAAGUAUUUAAGCAUGAAAAUGAGAUUGAUCGAGAAUUCAUGUAAAAUAUAGUAUUAAGACACAGAUUUCUGUAGAAGCAGUUGUUUUACUACACUAGUGCGCGGCCUAUGUCGGGCUGUGGACUGCUGCGAUUUGAUAUAUAUUGUAAUUGCGAACCUAAUGCUAGAAGGUUAUGGUUCCUUUUUUAAAUUGUCUGUGUGUGAAAAAGGUAGUUGUGAAGCAAAUGAUGCUGCAAUAUUUGCACAGACUGUAUAGUGAGACGAGAUGAUAUUGAUGAUGGGACUUUUAUUACUGUGUUGUCGUCGUACAACUAUAUUCUGAAAUAUUGAAGCCUUAAUUUAAACUAUUCAAAGUGUUCAUUUAGCAUUAAAAAACUAAUACUUACAGUGUGUUAUGUUCAGUAUACGUUAGAUUACUAUGCGUCAAAAGCACUACGUUGCACUGUCAGUAUUACUGUCCAAUGUAACAUUUCACAUUGCAUUCAGUUUUUUGUUUUAUUGGCAACAAAAUACUUUACUUAGCGUUACUUUUUUCGUUUGUUGUAACCAGCGUUGCCAGACGUCCCGAUUUUGGCGGGACGUCCCGAUUGUUAAAUCAAAAUUAAAUGUCUCGCGCGGGGCAGGCUCAAUCCCGCUUUUCGGGAAUAACUCGACCGUGCGUGCAGCGUGCUGAGAAAGCGCGGGAGGGUGACACAGACAAGUAUGGACUGGCCACCUGCCCGGCGCGUAAUGAAGAACUCUCAAACAAAGACAACUAUUUUACGAAAGGGUAAAUCUGAUUUAAAAUAUCAUAUUUUUAUUAAAAUACAUUUUCUAUGGAUAUUUUUACUAGGUACCUAUCUAUUGUCACGUAAACGUAAUUUGAACUCAAAUAAAAAAAAAAUUUAAAAACUUUUGAUAUAUACGUUUUUUUGUCCCGCUUUCGAAAAAAGAAUCCCGCUUUUUUGACUCAAAACGUUCCUAAAUCCCGACUUGGGAAAAAAAAACUGGCAACGCUGGUUGAAACUUACUAAUGGUCGCACUCAGAAGCGUCAAUUAAACUUAAUGGUUGUCAAAUUGAAGCAUCAUAAAUAUUAAAUAAAAAAAUAAGGCUCAUCUGAGUGCGCCCGUUAAGAUAACUGUGGAUUUGAUGUCAGAUAGUGUAUGAACAGAUUGGCGCUAUUUCAUAGUUAACUUAAUUAUAAUAGAUUAUUAUGUUGUUUCAUCUAAGAUCAGGCUCCGGGUUAACAGUUUUCAAUAAUCAACUUGCAGUAAAUUGUAAUGAUAAUCUUGACCUGUUUCUUAGCAAGAGUUAAAUAAUAAAGCUAAUUAAUAAAAAUAUAAAGGCAACUAAGCUCUAAUCUCUUAGUUUGAUUAUUGAAACUGGCCGUAAAUGGUUACCUUAUAUCCACAAAUGAAUGGAGAUAGAUUUCUGUAAUUAAACACUACCAUAAAAAAUAUCGACAGUGGAAAGGCAAAAUUGCUUAUACUUUGGUGCUGCUUAAAAAUUAACAUUUUAAUGUUAAGCUGCUUAAAAAUUGACUUACAAAUAAUAGUGAAAUUAAGUCAAUUUUUAAGCAGCACCGGAAUGAUGUACAAGCAAUUUUGCUUUUCCACUGUCGAUAUAUUUAUAAAUAUAUUUAUUAUAUUCGAAACUUGUAACUAGUAUCGGUCUGCGCCGUUGACGGAAACCAAAAUGUUUAGUCCCCUUUGUCCAUAAAUUGCUGUGUAUAUAAUGGUGUCUAUAUGAAAAACAAUUAUACCGAAUCUAUAUUAUCGUCUGCUGAACGAAAGUUAUAUUUUAGUAGUAAAGAAUGUAUGAAAUACAAUGUACAGUCUGACCAGAGUGGUGUAGUAUUCUUUACUAUAAAGAGUUCCGUCUUUUUUAUUGAGAUAGAGAUCCAGCUCAUAAAUCUCUGUACCUUUAAUAUUGCCCGGUAGGUGUAUUUAUAACGCAUAUUGCAUUCAAACGUGCAUUCAAUACACGCAAAGAAAAAAAUCUAUAUUUAAAAAAAAUGCGUAUUUUUAAGGUACGACAAAAAUUAAGAAUGGCUGCAUUUGUUAGUGCAUCAGACAUUUUUUUUCUUAAAAACCGUUUGUUAAUUUGUUAAGUCACAUAAAUCGAUAUAAACUUGAAAAGAGUUAUGUUUUUUAUAAAAUUAGAUAAAGCUCAACCCUACGCGCUAAGUAGUAAAUACAAAACUUCUACAAAGAUAAAAUGACUAACUAAAGUGUUAAUCAAAAUCAACGAUGUACAGACUGAUUUUUGUACUGAGCCAUCUAUCGGCACACAUACAGCGCACUACAUUUUUCCUUAAAAUAAUGAGUUCAAGGUGAACUUGCACAUACAAUGAGUUAUAUAAAAUGUUCGUUUCACAUCACUCACCAAAGAUUUCAAAUUCGCUGUACUUAGGAAAGAUAUCCACCGUUUGCUACAAUUUUGAGUAAGAAAAGUUUAUAAAAGAUUUCAUAGCGUUAUUAUACGGAAUCUAUUGUUUGACGACUGUUAUAACGUACUAUAGCCAAUUAUCGCGAAUACAGUUCACCAGCGCUUUUGCCAAGAUUACAAGAAUAUGUAUAUAGUAAGAUUUUUAGGAUAUUGCAGAACGACGAAAAAUUUACACACAAAAGAAGAAAAACAUAUUGAGAAUUCAGUACAAACUAAUACUUUAUAGUCUCAUUUUAAUCCAUCAAACACUGCGUAUAGUCAAUAUCGUCAUUUUUACUUAUCUUCGAUAUUUAGAUAUUUGAUCUUUACUUCUUAUUUCACUUUUAAUGCUAAACAAAACGGCGCUAUUAAUUCACAAUGAAAAAUCUGAUCGCAAUGGAACAACGGUGCCCAGUUUGAUCUAAGGACAAUAUCGAAACGGCUUUGCAAAAGAAAAAGAGAGAUUGAGGCUAGUUCUCGCUUAAAAAUCAUGUCAGAAAAAAGCAAAAUUUAGACCUUCCAUUCAACAUUGUCGCUCUGAAAAACAAAGUUUGUAUACGAUAGAGAGGGAUGGGUUGAGGUACGCAGAUAUCAUCUUGGUCAUUUACGGUCACUCUAAUAUAGUAGAUUUAUUAGCAGUUUUUAAAUAAUGACAGAUACGCCAAUAUUUAUAAUGUGCUAUUUAUGUAUCAAUUAUAUAUUUUCUUGCGGAAUUAAAUUUAGAAAAAUGUUUUCUCUUAGUUUUCGACAGAUUCUCUGUUUCAAAAUUUCCUUUCAUUGUGUAAAUAUUACCUUACCUGUUUAUGUAAUUUAAUAUAAGUGGUUCGAUUACUCUGUCCACAUGUAUAUAUAUAGUAAUGCAACAUUGUGUCGAACAAAUGAAAUCGGUGAUAAAAUUCCCCGUUAGUGUAGGUUUAUCACGUAGAUGAGUCGCGAACUAUUCCUUUUCUCAUUGUGUGUGUGUAUAAAAGACUGACAUUCGGGAGUUGUUUGAGAUGGCGCGUCUCAUAGUUAUAACCCUGUGUGUGUCUACUCUAGUUAUUUGGGUUUUCGGAGUACGGUUGGUUUUCAGUGCCAAAUAAUAUUCAGUAAGAUUCUUCAGUUCUAACUAUAUUUGACUUUACAUAAGUUUAUUGACGCGUUGGAUUAGGCUAUGAAUUAAAUAUACCAAAACGUCUCAGAUAAUUAUUUAACAGUCGUGCAUCUUUGCAUUAUUAUCCCCUAUCCCUUUUUUUCCUCGUAGAAAAGUCACUGUAAGACGCAAUGAGUACGAAAGACAAUGAGUGUAACUUCUCUCGUUCCACAAAAUGAUGAUAGAAAGGGACAGAGCUACAAAUUCCCGAAUCACGUAGUUAUGAUUGAAACCAUAAAUUCGGGAAGUGAUAGAAUGCUAUUGAAUAUUCGGUUAAUCGAAAUGCGUGUACAGAGUUAACGUUUAGAAGUCCUUUUAAUAAUAUACGGCUGAAGAAGUCUACCACUUCAAGGUCAAAAUCGUAUGAGUUUGAUCUGGACAAUGUAUGUGAAAUCUAUGCAUCAUUAAGAUCGAGCACAAGCGAUUACCUCCUUAAUAGGUAGUUCUGAGGCCGUAUCUCCGUCUGGUAACUGAAUAGUGCAGUAGCUAUAUUUAGGUCCUGUCUUCCUUGAUAUAUCGUACCCACCCACGCGCACAUUCCCUACUUAACGCAACUUUUAGAUCUCCCAACUUGUUUUUUGAUAAUUUAUUUAAAAGAGCUGAUGGCACUUCGUCUCGGACCAAUGUUAUUCUUCUUGUGACGUGACGCCUUGCAUUUAAGACUGUCGUUAACGAAUCUUUUAUUUUGGGCCUAUAUCUAUGAUUACUAUAAAAUUAAUUGAUAAUAAUUUAUUAGUAAUGCGUCACAAUGUACUAAAAGCUCUGGCAUUCUCUUAUUUAUGAUAUUAGAGGCGUCAGCAUCGCCUCGUGUAUUCUAUGAACAAUAUGAUGUUCUCGACAUUAUUAGUUAGUUUAAGUUAGUGUACUGUGAUACGGCUUUUAAAAUUAAUAUAAUAUUAUUAUGCUCAAGUUUCUUUUGUCUUCUAUUUCGACGAUUUGUAUUGAUAAAAUUAAAUUAGGUAAAAUCAAAUACUAUGUUAUCUACGGUGGCGAUCGGAGCACACCGUAUAUAAGUAAACCAUUUAUAUAUAUUAUUAUAAAAAAAAUAUUUAAGUGUAACUCUGCAUUAUGCUAGUCUUUAUUAUUAUGAUGAAUGUAUUUCGUUGUAAGAUUGAUUAAAUUAAUUAAUCAAAACAAAUAUAUACGUAAGUUCUUCUAAAAACUAUUUUAGCAAACACUGUAUCAUUAAGGAGUUUGUAUAAGAUGAGGCUAGCUAAGCGGGCGGGCGCGCGGCGCGAGCUCGUCCGCUAGUGGCGGCGCACUCUGGAAACAGUUGCGAUGUUACGAUGGCUGCUCAAUUCAUAUCGAAUUUAUAGAGGUUUGGAGGGACACUGUGUCGACACAACUCUUCUACUACUCUACUAUAAAACACCAAAUUUUAUUCAUUGCUGUGGUGUCACUGAUUUUGUGAUACACAUCAUCAUCAAGCAUUAAUAAAAUGAUAUAAUGAUGAAAUCAGAAAUCAAUAUAUCUUUAUUCAAAUUGGAUGUAUAGUACAACACUUUUGAAUCGUCCAAACAUUUUUUUUUCCCUACCACUCGUUAUUGGAUAUAUUUUUUAGCUGCGGAGAAAAACGAGCGAAAAAGACUCCACAACAUUAAAAGCAUAAUGUAGCAACAUUUACAAAUCAUUAUGUUGUUACAACGUCAAUACAAUCAUGAUUUAUUUAAUAUAGAAAACCUGUUGGAAUGAUUGGCCAAGUUCAAACCCAAGCAUUUUUUUCUGUAAUAUAAUCAGAUACUUUGUAAUAAGCUUUUUUAAUAAGUGCUUUUUAUACUAUCUUUGAAUUUAUUUAUGCUUAACUCUUGGAUUUUGCUUGGGACUUUAUUGUAUAAGCGAACAUAAAGACCUUUUAAUGAAUUAUUGAUUUUGUGAAGCCUAGUAGCAUUUAAAGUUAGUUUGUUUUUGUUUCUUGUAUUAAGUGUGUGAACAUCACUGUUUUUAAGAAACAAAUUAAUAUUUUUUCUUACAAAUAAUAAAUUUUCGUAAAUGUAUUGUGAUGCGACCGUCAUUAUACCAAAUUCUUUAUACCUAUCUCUUAAGAAAUCCUUAACUUUAAGAUUAUAAAUUGAUCGAAUAGCUCACUUCUGCAGCACAAAAAUAGUUUGAAUGUCGGCGGCGUUUCCCCACAAUAAAAUUCCGUACGACAUUACACUAUGGAAAUAACUAAAGUACACUAAUCUGGCCGUAUCUACAUCCGUUAACUGGCGUAUCUUCAUUACGGAAUAUGCUGCAGAGCUAAGUCUAUUUGACAAUUUAUCAAUAUGUGGGCCCCAUUGAAGCUUCGAAUCUAAAGUAAUCCCUAAGAAUACUGUGGUGUCUACAAGGCCCAUAUUCCUAUCCUUUACAUUCACACUGGUUUUUACCUGUUUUACAUUAGGUAAUACAAAUUUCAUACAUUUCGUUUUUUCUUCAUUUAGUAAUAAAUUAUUAACAUUAAACCAGUGGACUACUUUAGAGAUACAACUGUUCACGUCGUCAAUAACUGUUUCCUUACGUUUGAGUUUAAAUAAAAGUGAUGUAUCAUCCGCGAACAAUACUAUCUCAUGCUUAUCUCUAACAUAGUAAGGCAAGUCAUUAAUAUAAAUUAAAAAUAAGAAAGGACCAAGGAUUGAGCCCUGCGGAACACCCAUUUUAACCGGCGAACCCGCAGACUUAUUGCCAUUAAUGUCAACCCUCUGAAUCCUAUCCAUCAGGUAUGACGCAAUAAGAUCAGUAUCUCUAAAUCCAUAGUGGUGGAGUUUCCUGAGUAAUGUUUAAUGAAAAACGCAAUCAAAAGCCUUGGACAAGUCGCAAAACACACCUAGAGCGUCCUGCGAGUUCUCCCAGGCGUCAAAAAUUUGUUGUAUAAGUUCAACACCGGCAUCGGUUGUUGAACGACCCCGUGUAAAACCAAAUUGUUUACAGUGAAGUAUAUUUAUUAAAAUGUGAUUGCAUUUGAUCUAACAUGAUUUUUUCGAAAAUUUUACUAAACGUGGGUAGCACAGAAAUUGGUCUAAAGUUUGUGGGGUCUGAUGUACUUCCCGUUUUAUGCAAAGGAGUUAUUUUACUGUAUUUCAUGAGGUCAGGAAAAAUACCACAGUCAACACAAUCAUUAAAUAUGCAAGCUAGAAUAGGAGCUAUUGUCUCAAUUACCGAUUUAGAAACAUCAACGGAAUUGCCCCACAGAUCCUCGGUUUUCUUUUUAUUUAAUUGGUGAAACGUUUUAAUUACAUCUUUAAAGUCAACAUGUUUAAAAUGAAAAUGACUAGUACAAGGUUUCACGUUUUCUCUUAAGAUUGAUUCGGCAGCAAUGGGGGAAGAGUUCAAAGAUUUAGUAGUUGAAACUGAAAUAUCAGUAAAGAAAUUUUCGAAAGCUGUAGCAACUUCAUAAUCUAAAGUAACCCUUUUAUUAUUAAUAUUUAAGUUAUAAUUAUUAUUGCGAGUUUUGGAUUUUCCAGUUUCAUCGUUUAUAAUUUUCCAUGUCGUUUUAUCCUGUCAUUACUGUUCUUCAUCUUUGAACUUAAGUAAUUUGAUUUUGCUAAGCGGCAUACUUUUUUAAACAAUUUAGAAUAGUUACGAACAUGCUCUUUAAAUUUUUCACUAGUGUUACAGUUUCUUUCAUUAUAAAGUUCAUAAAGUGUCCUUCUACUUUUAUGAAUUUCAGGCGUAGCCCACUUAGUAAAAGUUACCGCAUCAUUAACACAUAUUUUUUUGGGUACAAAAACAUUAUUAAAUUCAGUGCAGUAUAUAUUAAAAUCAUUAUAUAAAUCAUUUGGAUUGUCUUUAUAUUUUAGAUAAACCAUUUUUAUAUCUAAUUGAGUUUUAAAACGUUCCACACGAUUAACAGAUUUUGGUACAACAGUGAUGUGUUUUUUUGUCACCUGCUUGAGCUGAUAUGGAAAUGUAAUCAACUGGUCACAAUGAUCACUAUCUAGUUUAUUAAUAAUUUGUUUUUUCUGUGGUAUGAUUUCCGUAUAUAUAUUAUCAAUACAAGUGGCCGAAGUGGUUGCUAUUCUAGUAGGCUCAAUGAAUAAGUUUUUCAGAUUGUAUGAUUGAAAUAUUUUUUUUAUUUUAGUACUCGAACUACAUUUUUCUAAUAAAUCAAUGUUGAAGUCACCACAGACAAUCAAUCGUUUGCCUGUAGUGUAAGUUUUCUUAAGAGCUUCAUCCAUGAUAGCUUCAAACAAUCAUACAAUGCUGAUGGAGGUAUGUAUACGUUCAAUACAACAAGCCGGUCCAGUUCCACACAGGCAAUUUCUAUUGUUCGCUCAACAGAGAGGCUUACAAUAUCUCUUCGUUCCUUAAAUUUUAAUUUUUUAUUCAAUAAUAUUAAAGAGCUACCGCGAAUUGCAUUUUCUCGAUUGAACAAACUACCAACCUGAUGAUUAUUAAAAUUAAAUAUAUUCUGACAACUUUUAAGCCAGUGUUCUGUAAUACAAAAAAUAUCUAUAUUAUUACAAUUCAUGAAUAAUUCAAUUUCUAAGUCCUUACCCAUCAAACAAAUGUGUAUCACAAACUCAGUGACACCACAGCAAUGAAUAAUUUCAUAACAAUAAGUACUAGAAACGCUGACAUGACAUGAGCGUGCUUAACUUUGAUGGUUUUUGAAUACCAGAAUUAUUGUCGCGUUUUGUCUCUUUAAUUGACAGCAUUGCUGUAGUGUCCUCUAGAGGCGCUUCUGUGCAACUUGUGAAUAUGACGGUACGAUAAUGGUUUUUUCAGCACUAUCUUUAUUUCUAUACUAGUUCGAAUAGUUGCGAAUGUUAAAUUCGCGUUACUCUUGGAAAAAGUAAUUAUUGAAUGACAGUUGGUGUGUCGACACGGCCUGUCUCAUGUGGGUGAAUAUAGUUAGAAUUUGAAAUGAACUAACUGCUUUCAGAGUGUAAAAUUGUACUUGAUCAUUAACCAAUUUGUAUGUCUAUAUAUCCUAUAUAUAGCAGUAUGUUACGUACGAACUUAGUAGAGCCGCAUUACUUGUAAAAGGGACGAGCGAUAACAAUGUAUUACGUCUCCAACAACUGUAUUGAGUAUUAUUAUGUUUACGUUAAAUGUUCUGGUGAUGAAUAAAUUUUCUUAUUAAUUACCAUUGAAGACAAAUAUAGGACUGAAUCGUGAUAAAUUAUGUAUUAUAUAGUAUUUCAAUGUUUACGAAUUUAUUUUGUUUGUAAUAGUUUUGAUUUGGUUAAUUAAGUGUGGUGUGUUUGCGUUGGAGUCGCAGUGCACUUUGUCGUUCGUUCGUUAGUUCGUCAUUAGCCCCGGCCUCUGAAUCCCGGCCAGACCCUGCAUGGUCCGAACCCGUUUCUUAUCUAAUAGUAAUAAUAAUAGAAUCCAAAGAUACACUCAAUGUUCAAUUGUAAUGGAAAUAAAAUGUUUCUUUAUGACUCUUUGUAUUUUCAGUUGUUGCAACGACUCAAUGACAGUAGUCCUUUGUUCAAACGAACGUUAUGGAAGCUUGUUUCUGUGGUCGACAACUUCUGUCAGAUUUAAUGACAACUAUAUCAGCAUUUCAAUGUUUAAUAAGUAGACAAAAUCCGUGGGAUUCUGAACGAAGCAUCAAACGAGAGAACUCAACGACUGAAUUUCAAGAACCUCUUCUGAAUUAGUUACAAAGAAAAUUUUAAAAAUAGUUCAGUCACUGUCGUCCUCUAGUUGUAAAAGAAGCAGUAAGUAGCAAAGCCUUGUUUUUCCAUGGCUUUUCCAACGAUGAAAUUAAUCCACAACUGCUUAAAUAAUGUAAAAUUUUUAUAGAAAAUAAAGCCCUUCAUGCCCUAAAAUAGAAAAGUAAAAAAUAUAUAAUAUGUUUGUUCUUUAACGUUAUUAUUACUACUUGUUAGCAAUGAUUUAAAUACAUUAUUACCUUUUUCAUUUGUCCAAUAAUUUUUCGUGAUAUCAACUUAUCACGACAACGAUCUGAGAUUGUCUAGGUCGCAGUGUGACUUAAUGACACAUCACAAAAUGAUUACAUAUCAUUUCGUCUAGAUCUUUAAUUAACGACAUCGCAUUAUGCCUAAAAUCGCAAAAUGACGGAUUUUUAUUUGACCACAUCAAAUAAUGACCAGGUCGCAAAAGGUCAGACAAGGGCUAAAUAGGUUGAUUGACUAAUAUACUAGUACAAUUAAGUAUAAAAUCUAUAUGAAUAAAAACGAAUCGCCCAAUGUAUGUACGCGCAUAAUGUCCGAAGAACUGCAACAAAUUGGAUAAUUCUUUUUUUGGGUUCCGUACCCAAAGGGUAAAAACCGUAUGCGUCCGUGUGUCUAUAUGUCACCAGGCUGUAGCUCAUGAACCGUCAUAGCUAGACAGUGAAAUUUUCACAGAUGAUGUAACAACAAAUACUAAAAAUAGAAUAAAAUAAAUAUUUAAGGGGACUCCAAUACAACAAACGUGAUUUUUCCUAUUUUUGCUCUUUAUUGUGAUAACGGCAACACACAAAUAUUCACAGAAAAAUUAAUAUAAUAUAAAUUCUAACACCAGACGUGAUAUUUUUUUGCUCUAUAUUAUAUUUUGUAUACAUAAUGGUACUGAACACGGAACCUUUCGUGCGCCUGUCCGACUCGCACUAGGCCGGUUUUUUGAGUUAUUAUUGUCAGGACAAGGUUCAUUUACAUACGCUAUAUUAAAAAAUGGUCAUGAAAAAUCAUAGCUUUUUUUAAAUUUACCCCGCUGCCGAACCUGACAUUUACUGCUGCUGAGAUGCAGAGUGAGUGGCAUUUGUUUUGUUAGUGAUCUAUAUUUUGAUUUAAUUUACAAAUUCUAGGGGAAGUGCAAAUCGUAAGGUAUGGCAUGAGUAAAAACUUGUCUAGCCAUAGAUUCUGAUAGUAAAUAUUGGCACGAUAAGGAAAAACUUUGUCCUGCCCAUCUCUGCUCUUAGAGGCAUGGCACUGACGCAUUAGUCUUCGGCGACAGUAAAGGACGACUUCGAUAAAGUUCAUGCUUAAACUAAAAAUAGAAGCUCCACAUCUGGUCGUAUCUAGUAUUGUAAUAUACCUAUUGAUUGUGUGUAAAAUAAGAAGAACUUAAUUUAGAGAUAAGAAAAUAGUUUUGAAAUUACAUAUUUAGGUUUUAUAUGUAACUGAUGGUUAUUCAUUUAAGUGUACUGAAUCCGAAAUUGUGUAGUUUCAUUUGACUGUACAAUUAUGUAACAAAACACAAACUAGACAAAUAAGCUAUCUGAUCAUUGUGAGGUGUGGUCGAAAAAAGAUGUAGUCACUUUACGAUCUCUUUUAGUCAGUCAGAAGCCACACUUCUUCCGAUUUAGGAUGCUAAUUAGGAUCCUAACUUCCUAAGUACUAUUUCACUUGACUGAAUGAGUUACUGAAUGAUUUAGAACGUCUGAAUUUAGUCAGGUGGAAUAAGCGCUUUAAUGAAUAGACAAUCUGAGAUCAACCCUUAAGUGGGUAUCAUUUUCGUGAUUUCCCGGGGUGCCGAUUCCAAAUGUAACAGCUAUUUCGAUCCAAGAUGGAGGAGCUGAGUAUCCCAAUGACUAAUUGAUACUGCUCCAUCACUUAAAAGUUACUUUGUCUUGGAAAUACCACUAAUCUUUUUUUUUUUUUUUUAAUAUAAUAAUAGCUUUAUUUGGAACAAGUGCAAUGUAAAUAAAAUUAUGAAUCGUUAAAACUGCUGUAGUUUUACAAAAACUGUAUUGCAGAAUUAACGCCCAUUCCCGUAUAAUAUGAAACAGUGUUCCUAUCAAUGUAUAAAAUUAAUUAAAACUAAAAGCAACAUUUUAAAAUUAAUUAUAACUAUGGAAGUUAAUAAAUCCUUCGACAGAUCAUUAUACAGCUAUGGAUAAGAACCAUCCGACCAUGACAGCUUUCAAACAAAAAACCGCAUCCACAUCGGUCCAUUCAUUUAUGAGCUACCAUGCCACCUUAUGUGAACCAUAGUGGCCUAACUCAUUUUUUACAAUAUUGAAUUUAUGAUUUUUUCCAGUUCAAAUUGAUCAUUUUGAUAGAACCAGAGUGGUCUAAAAGUGAUCCAACGAAUAUUCACUAGAUGGCAGCAUAAUUACUGUUACGGUUUUUAGUUUGUGAUCUAAAUUUUAGGUCCCAUACUGGCCUAAGUAAGAUAGGCCACUAUGGUAAAAAAUGAGUAAGGCCACAAGGUUCUCAUGGCCUCAUAUAACACCCCCCUUUUUAAGCCAGGGUUUAAAACUCGAUUAAAUCAUUAUUUGAAAGUGUUUUAAUUUCAAUAGUUCACAAAUCAUUGCUUUAUCAGGGUUAUUUAUACAUACAUCAAGGAAACCAAAAGUUUAUUGUCAGAUACACAUUCGCGUAGCAGGACGCGCCGCUUCUGCAUCUUUAGGCAAAAAUAAUUGUCACUCUCGCACAUCCUUACAUUUAAAUCGUGGGCAAAUUAUACUUUUUACAGAAAAACUCAAUAUUUCGAUACCAUUAAAAGAAAAUCCAUAUACACCAAUUGAUAACUUUCCCGUGCAGAUAUUGAAAGCUGAUCCAUGUCAGCUAAGGGUGAAUAUUUAAGAAAACUUGUAGGAG